CUUCCUGCCCGGGCUCUGAGCGGUGGAGGCUGAGGUGGGCGGCCAGAAUCGAGUCGGCCGCCGCCGCCGCUGCCGCCGCCAUGAUUAAGAAGUUCGAUAAGAAGGAUGAGGAGGCUGGUAGCGGCUCCAACCCUUUCCAGCAUCUGGAGAAGAGCGCCAUCCUCCAGGAGGCGCGUCUCUUCAACGAGACCCCCAUAAAUCCGCGGAGAUGCCUGCACAUCCUUACCAAGAUCCUUUACUUGCUGAACCAGGGUGAACAUUUUGGAACGACGGAGGCCACCGAAGCGUUCUUUGCCAUGACACGGUUAUUUCAGUCAAAUGAUCAAACCUUAAGGAGAAUGUGUUACCUCACAAUCAAAGAGAUGGCCAACAUUUCAGAGGAUGUGAUCAUCGUCACCAGCAGCUUAACCAAAGACAUGACGGGGAAAGAAGACGUGUACCGAGGCCCGGCCAUUAGAGCGCUCUGCAGGAUCACGGACGGAACCAUGUUGCAAGCCAUCGAGAGAUACAUGAAGCAAGCCAUCGUGGACAAGGUUCCCAGCGUGUCCAGCUCGGCACUGGUGUCUUCCCUGCACAUGAUGAAGAUCAACUACGACGUGGUCAAGCGGUGGAUCAACGAGGCCCAGGAAGCUGCGUCCAGCGACAACGUCAUGGUGCAGUACCACGCUUUGGGGCUGCUGUACCAUCUUCGGAAGAACGACCGCCUUGCUGUUUCAAAGAUGCUGAACAAGUUCACGAAAUCCGGACUGAAGUCCCAGUUUGCAUACUGCAUGCUGAUUCGGAUCGCCAGCCGGCUGCUGAAGGAGUCUGAGGAAGGCCACGACAGCCCCCUCUUCGACUUCAUCGAAAGCUGCCUGCGGAACAAGCACGAGAUGGUCAUUUACGAGGCUGCCUCCGCAAUCAUCCACCUGCCCAACUGCACGGCCCGGGAGCUGGCGCCGGCGGUCUCAGUGCUGCAGCUCUUCUGUAGUUCUCCCAAGCCUGUUCUGAGAUACGCUGCUGUGAGGACCCUCAAUAAGGUGGCGAUGAAGCACCCCUCCGCGGUCACCGCCUGCAACCUGGACCUCGAGAACCUGAUCACGGACUCGAACCGCAGCAUCGCCACCCUGGCCAUCACCACCCUCCUGAAGACGGGCAGCGAGAGCAGCGUGGACAGGCUCAUGAAGCAGAUCUCCUCCUUCGUGUCUGAGAUAUCCGACGAGUUUAAGGUGGUCGUGGUUCAGGCGAUCAGUGCCCUGUGCCAGAAGUACCCGCGGAAGCACAGCGUGAUGAUGACCUUCCUCUCCAACAUGCUCCGGGACGAGGGAGGCUUUGAGUACAAGCGGGCCAUCGUCGACUGCAUCAUCAGCAUCAUCGAGGAGAACCCGGAGAGCAAGGAGUCGGGCCUUGCGCACCUCUGCGAGUUUAUCGAGGACUGUGAGCACACGGUGCUGGCCACCAAGAUCCUCCACCUGCUGGGCAAGGAAGGGCCCCGGACCCCCUCCCCGUCCAAGUACAUCCGCUUCAUUUUCAACCGGGUGGUGCUGGAAAACGAGGCUGUGAGAGCCGCUGCUGUCAGUGCACUGGCAAAGUUUGGGGCCCAGAAUGAGAACCUGCUGCCAAGCGUCCUGGUGCUGCUACAGAGGUGCAUGAUGGACAGCGACGACGAGGUCCGCGACCGGGCCACCUUCUACCUGAACGUCCUGCAGCAGCGGCAGCUGGCCCUGAACGCGGCCUACAUCUUCAACGGCUUGACGGUCUCCAUUCCUGGGAUGGAAAAGGCCCUGCACCAGUACACCCUGGAGCCGUCGGACAAGCCCUUCGACAUGCGCUCCGUGCCGCUGGCCACCGCCCCCAUCUUUGAGCAGAAAGCAGAGAUCGCCCUGGUGGCCAGCAAGCCGGAGAAGCUGGCUCCCUCGCGGCAGGAUAUCUUCCAAGAACAACUGGCAGCCAUUCCAGAAUUCAAGAACUUGGGUCCUCUCUUCAAGUCGUCCGAGCCAGUGCAGCUGACCGAGGCGGAGACGGAGUAUUUUGUUCGGUGCAUCAAGCACGUGUUCCCAAAUCACAUCGUCUUCCAGUUUGAUUGCACAAACACCCUCAACGACCAGCUGCUGGAAAAGGUGACCGUGCAGAUGGAGCCCUCGGAAGCGUUCGACGUGCUGCGCUGCAUCCCAGCCCCCAGCCUGGCCUACAACCAGCCCGGCAUGUGCUACACCUUGGUCCGGCUGCCCCUGGACGACCCCACCGCAGUCGCUUGCACGUUCAGCUGCACCAUGAAGUUCACCGUCCGAGACUGCGACCCCAACACCGGCGUGCCGGACGACGACGGCUACGGGGACGAGUAUGUGCUGGAAGACCUGGAGCUGACCCUCUCUGACCACAUCCAGAAGGUGCUGAAGCCCAACUUCGCAGCGGCCUGGGAGGAAGUGGGGGAUGAUUACGAGAAAGAGGAGACCUUUGCCCUCAGCACCAUCAAGACCCUGGACGACGCCGUCAACAACAUCGUGAAGUUUCUGGGCAUGCACCCAUGCGAGAGAACAGAUAAGGUGCCGGAGAACAAGAAUUCGCACACCCUCUACCUGGCUGGUGUGUUCAGAGGCGGCCUGGACGUGUUGGUGAGGGCCAAGCUUGCCCUGGGAGACGGCGUGACCAUGCAGGUGACCGUCCGCAGCAUCGCAGAAACGCCAGUGGACGUCAUCUUGGCUUCAGUUGGCUAAGCCGUAACCCGUCAGGCUGGAAGCCGCUCGGCUCAUUGCUCUCCCGGAAGGCACUCGGAGGGUCUAAAGCGCUGCAUGUUCGUGCCCCCCACCCCCCGGCUCGGUCGGUGGAUUCUCGCGAUUAACGGGAUGGCAGUCACCCUGGCUUCUCCUCCAUGCCCCGGGAGCUGGGCUGUGGCCCCCACCCAAAGCCCCCGUUCCUCGUCUACAUUCCUGUAUAAAUUAUCGUCUCUGUGCUGCCAGUAGAGCCGGGGCGGUGGGUAGAGGGUGGUCUCUCGUUUUUUCAAGAGCUCAGCUUUUCUUGAAUUGACUUUUAUUAGCAGAAAAUAAACGGGGGCCGUCUCCAGCAUCGGUGCCUGUUUUAACUGGUGUGAUGAAUAAAAGACAUUCUGUAGUA